AGAUUAAACGUUGCAUAACAAAAAACGUGCCUGAGCUGUGGAUCCAGUUGAAAGUGAAACAGAUCAACCUUAUUUUGCGCAAAAUGGCUUCCAUAGAUUUCAGGUAUUCCAUUCGGGAUUUUGUCUCAGAAGUCCCAAAUGCAAAGAAUGGCAACUGCAAUGGGAAAUACAGUCGAUUUGACCAGGAGUUGAGAGGAAGGUGGGAUGAAGCGGUUGAGAAGGGGUACUUUCGUUACGAACUAGGUUCGUUACCAACUAGAGUUAUAGAGGGCCCUCAUGGAUUUGUUGCUCAGUUGAAUGUGAAACGCGCAACUGAGAGGCGGAAACCGCAAGAGAUCAAAAGUACCAAACAACCAUUCAAACCAGAAGAAUUCAACUUCAAUAAAGUCAGACCUCAUGAGACUCUCAUGGAAAUGCAUCCCGAGGAUCUUUCUUGCUCGUCUAUAAAUGGAAUCACCAACGGCAACGGCAUCGUUAGGUCACAUGCUGAAAGGGAAGAGUGCAUGAAUGGUGAAGGAGGGAGGAGCAAGUAUCAAGUCAUCAUCAACAUCAGCCCUCUAGAAUAUGGCAAUGUUCUACUUGUACCUAGCCCUCAUUUAUGUCAACCACAGAUUGCCACAAUGGAAAUGAUUCAAAUAGGUGUUGAAGCUGUGUUAUUAAGUUCAAGCAGUGCAUUGAGGAUAGGUUACAACAGUCUAUGUGCUUAUGCUUCCGUUAAUCAUCUUCAUAUGCAUGCAUACUAUGUUCAUCACAGGCUACCAGUAGAGUACUGGCCAACAAAGGAAGUGGUCGGAGGACAAGUUCAUGAGACAAUCGGAUGGCCAGCGCAAGCAUUCAUGCUACAAAUGAAAAAAGAGAGUUAUUUUGAUGGUAUCAGGGACCUAUUCAGGAUAGUCAAGCAUCUUCAAGAUAGGGACAUAGCUCAUAACAUGUUCUUCACCAGGGGCUUGACGUUAGGGCCUAAUCCUCAAGAAGAUGGACAGACCAUAAGACUAAUUCUCUGGCCUCGCGUCUCCUCUUUCGGUAUAAAAGGGAAUGAUGCAUUUAAUGGUGCUUGUUGUGAACUAAGUGGUCAUCUUCCUAUCAAACUUGAGCAACGCUACGACGACCUGACUGACGAGCAGUGCUGUGAGUUACUCGAGUCAAACUCUCUAUCACCCGAAGAUUAUGCAGCUCUCAAAAAGGAUAUCAAGAACAUCUUCAAGUAAUUUAGGGCUUGUAUUCAUAGAGGUGGACAAGGUAAAAGCAUGGUUUAACAUAAUCACUGGUUCAUGCAGUGCAAAGUGUCAGUUUCUAUUCUGUACAAGUUACUGAAAUUCUGUAAUAAAAAAU